AUGACAUUGAAGAACAGCUGGUUACUCGUGGCAAAAUAGCCCUGGUAGAAUAUCAAGAAAGGAAAUUUUUAGCUGAAGUUAAAGAAGAGGACAGCAAUUUAUUAAACAAGUACGACCAAGUAACCCUUACCUUAUUAGAUAAUAAAAAAAUAGAACUCAAAAGUAAUAAAGAAACCUAUCCUUAUAAAUACGUAGUUUUUGAAAAUAAUAAAGAUAAUAAGGCUUAUAUGUUAAGAAUUAAUUAUUUUAUUCAACAAAUGGUCAGCGAAGUAGAAAAAAUGGCUCGCGAUGCUUUUUUAUGCGAAAGAAAAUUAAUCUUUAUUGUGCCCGAGCAACCUGAUGAAGAAGACGCAGAAUACUUAAUUAAAAUUAGAAGACCAGGAAAAUUGGGCGGAGGAGAAGCUGCUGAAAUGGAGAAGUAUCUAGGAAUCAGACAUGAUCCAUUGGUUCAAAAACAAGAGCGAGCCAGCAUAGCCGAAGUAAACGCCUCCACUUCUUCUUUUGAUGCAUUUGAAAGGAGAGGAUUUAGAAGCCGAGUUAAAGGAAUUAAAGAAUAUAUCAAAGUUUUUGAGAAUAGUAAAGGAACCUGCGAAUUUGAUUGUGAUAGUUGUGGUUAUAGCACUAUAGAAACAAAACAAGAAAGCAAAUGGAAUGGAGAAAUGCGAGAUGGCUAUCGAAUAGUUCCGAAAAAAAUAUUAGGUAAUACUGGCAAUCGUAAAGGGAGAGAUGCUGUUGCUCGGGCAGAAGUAGAAUAUUGCGAGAAUCGCUGA